AUGGAGCUUGAUUCCUUAAAAGCGGACCUCACAGUCGCUUCUCAGACGCUUCAAAGUAAAUCGGAAGCCUUACGAAUCUUGAGCAAAUCAUUGGAAAUAUGUGAGGCUGAGCGGGAUGAGUUCAAACACAUGGCAGAACAGGUGAUGAAUCGAUAUCAGUUGUUACGGAAAACCCUCAGUCAGGGUAUGCAGACAGAAAUGUAUUCUCUCAAUGGACUCAGCAAUUUGACAAACAAACAGUUAGCUUCGCUGUUAGUUGAAAGCCAAGAAGCAAAUAAAAGCUUGCAGAAGGAAAUCGGAGAGCUGCGAACCAAACUCCGUGAAUCUUUAGGGGACGCUGAAAUUUUACGAGUACAAUUGAAAGCAUCUCGGCACAGUUCAAAUGCACCCGACUGCGAACAACUGAAAUCUGGCGAAAGGCAACAUCUUGUGCUUCAAAUGGAGCAGCUGGCCUCUAGAGUGACCCAAUUGGAGCAUGAACUUGCUCGCUGUUCAGAUGAAAAAGAAGAACUUGCCUCAGAACGAGAUGUUUAUCGCAACAAGUGCGAUCGUUUGAACAACGAGUUAAAUUACAUUCUAAAUGGUAAUGAGCACAAAAUAGUGGACAUCGAUGCGCUGAUAAUGGAAAGGAAAUCUCUCAAGUACCGUCUCCAGACUGUCGAGGAAGAACGCAAGUUGGCGCUGGCUACUCUAUCAAAAUAUCAGAAACUCGUGGAGCGUAGGUCUUCGCAAGCCCCUUCCACCAGCAGCAGUGAUUGUCCUUGUACCCCCUCAGAAUCUCCACGACAUCAAGUACCUCUCCCAACAACCCCACCGCGAAAGCAUAAAAGUAACAACGCAUGUAGCUUACCCACAACGGUAUCAGAAAACAAAGGCAAUACUGCGAAGAGCGCAGAGGCAACUCCUGACGGCGUCACAUGACGGUAAAAAAAAAGAAUCGGACCCCAGGCGAUUACUACGAAUUGUCGUGUCAACCUGGCUCACGCCGCUUAUGUGCUGCGUGCGAGUGUCCAAGAGAAGACCGGCGCUCGAAUUCGACUCAUCCCUAUGUAAAUUGCUUUGAACUGUGCCGAAUGUAUACUUGCUAGUUGUAAUGUUUCUGUAUAAAACUGGAUAAAUUGUGUUAA